GACAGCCGAUAAAGAACAAUCCACUUAUUAUCGAUAUUCCUAAACAGUGGCACUCCUACAUGUCGCAACCGUCUAGAGAUGUCCCAAAGUUCUCGAGUUUUCGCGCGAAAACGCUUCCUGUCCAAGAACAACCGUCAAUACCUACAACUCUCAAGCGACAACGCAGUUCGGAGAGCCCCCAUCACUCCGUGAAGCGUCAUAAGACUCCUCGUGUUUCAAACAGUCCACCUCACGAUCAUGGACCAUCUCGAAUCAAAUCGGCAACAUCGGAGCCGCAUUCCCGUAAUGGACACCAUCAACGGCGGCACUCUCGCGUUCCUUCUGCUACCAAACAACCACUUCUAGUCCGCCAUGAUAAGGAUUCUGAUCUCUUUAUAUUUGAUGGGAAGGGCGACCGCCAGAACGUUGCUUACCAAAGCUUGCAUAAGUAUAGCAUACCACCUUAUCAGCGGGUGGGUUACGGAAAUAUAUUGGGCCUGGAUCUUAGGUUCAAAAUCGACCGAGCUGAAAGUACCAUCGACAAGGUUUUCAUCAUUGACAAGUCUGCCGCGUCGAAGCAAGUUCCUCAACGACUCCUGCUCAAGCGUUCAAAAAACCAAGAACUUCCCGCUUUGCUUGCUCAUGACAAAAAUGAGCUAGAUCUGGCCCAAGACUUUGUUGUGUUUUCACCUUCUACUGACAUCGACGCUGAUCCGGUGUCUUCUCCCAAUGAUCCUGGUUCGUUCAGGGAUCUAGUGUAUCCGGAAUCACAUGCGCCUCAAGUGCAGAAAUCCUCAGACUUGGUUCCGACUGCUGAUCUCCAAGCUCGUCAGCGUAACAUUCAGCUCAUCAGAGCGACAAAAAUCAAUCCCUCCGACCUUCAGGCCUGGCUUGACCUGGCAAGUCAUCAGGAACACCUCGUCAGUCCUGCUUUCGAUGCUUCGUCUAUGAUCAACAGCGAGAGGAAGACCUUGGCAGAUCUGCGCAUCGCUGUGUACGAAAAGGCACUAAAGCAGUUUCCUGAAAAUGAAGCCCCCUUGCGUGAGGAGCUGCUCCUCAGAUUGUUAAGUGAAGCUUCUAUCACUUUGGAAGCGCAGAAAUACAAGCAAAAGCUACAGGAUACCCUUCAACAGCAUCUGACGAGCUUUCCGAUCUGGACCCUCUACUUGAACGCUUGCCAGGCGAAUCCAGUCGAGUUCCGCUUCGAGGAUGUCAAGGCUUUCUUCAUUCGCAGCCUCCGCACACUCGGUUCCAAUAAUAAUGCUAAUCAUAACCUUGAGGCACAGCACAUGAUACUCUACCUGACUUUGCGUUAUACCUUCUUCCUACGAGACACGGGUUACGUUGAACUGUCCAUAGCCACAUGGCAAGCUCUUUGCGAAUAUCACUUAUUCAGACCCGAGCACCUUGCUCAUCUUGGAAGAGAUUUCAUCCUUGCCGAUUUCGAAAAGUUCUGGGAGAGCGAAAGACCACGGUUUGGUGAAGAAGGUGCACGAGGGUGGUGCAUACAUGAUCAAGAUGACGGUAUUGAUCCAGAACUUCGAAGCAUCUUGCCAGAUGGUAAGUUAGCUUCGAGUCUACCUUUCAAGUCCUUCUCCACUCUCGAAAAUACGAUGAAUGAACUGCUGCGAUUUCCUGGAAGAACAAUGGAUCAACCUGGCAACGAAGAUCCAUUCCAUGUCGUUUUCUUUUCCGACCUUCAAGAAGUACUGGCGGCGACGACAAGUGCUUUGAGCCGCGAUGGUUUUCUUGACGCCUUGUUUUGUUAUCUAGGUCUCCCUGAGAUGAACGAUACAUCCAUCACUCAACGUCUUCCUGCAUCACGGCGCAGGUGGCGAAAUGAUGUCUUCCUUGAUCAUGGACUAUUGCACUCUGACCUCGCGAUCAGCGAUCACAGCAAUCUAGACGAAAACCUCAUGCCGUGCUACCAAACAUCAACUGAUUUGUUGUUUUCACGUGCAUUUCAAGGUCUUUCCAGGUCAAGCACACCAUCAGAUGGGAGUUCUCAUGACCAACAAACCAAGCCGGACGUGGCUCGGUUUGCACAAAGAAUACUAUCAAGUCUAGUACAGCUGUACCCAUCCGACGACGGCUUGGCCGAGUAUUAUCUGGCGUUCCAGCUUUCUUGUUUCCCUAGCGAGGCAUCCCGGGUUGCUAAGAAAAUCUUGAAGCAACGACCGUCAAGUCUCCGACUGUACAAUGCGUGUGCUACAAUCGAAGCAAAGUUGGGAAAGACUGACAAAGCGAUUCAAAUCUGGACCGGCGCAAUCAAGAUGAAGGCUAGCUUUUCAGCUGCAGCACAGCAGGAAUUCGUGUUGCUCUGGCGAGGAUUGAUCUGGUGUGAUCUCGAGACCAACAACGCAGAAACGGCUGUAUCUCAUCUCGCCUCUUUCGGAUGCGGUGACGCCUCGAUUGACAGUGAGUCUACGUCAAUGUCAACUGUGACAUUAUUGAGAUUACGCAAGGCCUUCAAGGACGGGUUCGAACACGCAAGUAGUCAAUCUCAACCCCAUCUAGCUGCUCUAAAUGCAGAAAUGCUAGCGCUCGUGGCAUAUCUGACCGAAUCCGAUGGACUAUGUGCAUCUAUCAACACGAUACAAACGCAAUAUCACGCAUCGACACAAAGGUCCUCGGAAAACCAUAUUCUUCUUGAACUGCUGCAUCAGAUCAAAGCGAGCAUCCUUUCUUAUCACGUCCGGCAGAAAAGAGCAUACCGGCCUGCAUUCCUACGAUGUGAGCUAGAGGCAAGCAUCAAGCUUUUCCCAACCAAUACCAUUUUCCUCGAGAUGUAUCGAGACAAUGAAGUGCGCUUCCGGCUUGAUGACAGAGUAAGAUCAAUACUCAAGACCCAAGUCUUGACCAAUAGCCAGUCGCCUCUUGUAGGAUGGACAUUCGCAAUCAGCCAAGAAUUGCUUCGAUAUACGAACCAGUCUUCCGGAGCUACGGCAGAAUCCGUGAGAUCGACAUUCAAUCGUGCAUUGUUGGCCGCUGGUAGUCCGGUUCGGUUCUCUCAGCUACUUUGGAUGAAGUGGUUCCAGUUCGAGAAACAGGCGGCCUUGAAGGAAGCAGUAGUGACAUCAACAUUUGCAAAGCGCAAGAACGCGGUUGAACAGCAGCCUUUGAGGAAGCUAAAACAGGUUUUCCUCUCUGGUCUACAUACUCUUCCUUGGUCGAAGGAUUGGGUACUAAUAGGGUUGGAUACUUUUGACAGAAACGAUAAACUAAGCUGGGAGGAACGAGAUCUGAGGCGACUAUACAACGUUCUCGCUGAAAGAGAGCUGCGAAUAAGGGUAGAAGGGCUCGAGGCCAUCUUGGUAGAAAACGAAUAAGAAAUUUAUUAUGCUCGCUGACAUUGACAGCCUCUCGUAAGCUAGCCUCAGGCCA